UAGUGGCACGCUUCUAUAACUUCGGGCGUCAGUUGCUGUUUUCCUCUCCAUCGGUUCGCAUGCAAUUUCCGUUCGAAAGCUGAAAAUCCCCAAAAACAACGAAAGCGAACAUAAGAUUCAAGUGCACCGUGGGAAUAUAGUGAGCGCGAGUAUCGUUUGUAAUUUUGACGCCCGGUGCGUUCAACAAGUUGUCUGAACAUUCGAUUUGGAAGAAUUAGCGCAAUUUAAACGACAUGGAGAAACCACCAGUCAUUAGGAAUUUGAAGGAAUUGUUGGAACCCGUGCUGGAACCUGGCGUGACGGUGUUGGGAUACACAUCGUCUUUCUUGACCGAUCCGGGUGAUAAUUAUGGUAGCACGAUGCUGGCCUUGACCGUUGACGUAACCAAUGCUACCGGGGACGAGCCUAACCAGCUUCACCUUGUGGCCAAAAUGCGUCCAUCGAGCGAAGAGUUCAUAGUAAUGUUUCAACUUGACAUAACAUUUGUCAAGGAAGCGGCCCUUUAUUUGAAUAUAGUCCCAGCUAUGAUCAAGUUACAACAGGAUGUGAACUUUCCUGAGGACGAAAUUAUUGACGUCUUUUGUCGGUGUUACGGUACGAGGAUUUCUUUGAAACCGGGCAGUACCGCGGUGGAUGAAGAUGGCGUGAUACUCUUCGAGAACCUCAAGCAAUCCGGUUUUGUUACAGGAGAUAGAAGAAAAGGGUUCAACCGAGAGAUGGGUGAAUUUGUUUUAAAAAAACUUGCCUUAUUCCACGCAAUUCCAAUAACGCUGCGACUGCUGAAACCAGAAGAAUUCAAUUCUAGCGUUGAAAAGUUUUUAGGUAAAAUGGACAUAGAUGCUGGUAUGAACGAGCAGACAGUUCAACGGAUGAUAAAAGUAAUUGAGGCUGAUUUUACUAAAGCUGGGGUGAGCGAACCGUUGUUAAAGCGGUUGCUGGAGCUGAUUGAUGAUUGUCGCAAACAGCAGUACAAUCUGGUAUCAGAUGAUGUGACUCAGUACUGUUCGAUGUUGCAUAACGAUUUGUGGGUCAACAAUAUGAUGAUCAAAUAUGAUGACAACGGAAAACCAAUCGCAUUAAAAUUUGUGGAUUUCCAGCUCAUUCAGCUGGACUCCCUCGUACGAGAUAUAGUGUUUUUCCUUCUCACCAGCGUUUCGGACCCGGAGCUGGAGCAAAACAUAGAUGACUACUUCAAGUUUUACUUUGAAAGCUUACGGCUUAAUUUAGAACGUUUGAAAUGUCCUAAUAUGAGUCAAUUCACUUAUCAAAGCUUCACGGAGGAAAUCAAUCGAAUUGCACCACGGGAAUUUUAUCACAUCCUUGUCUUGCUAAGGGUAGUGAUGGCCAAAAAGGAGUCCAUCCCCGAGCGCAGCGAACUGGACGUGGAUCUGUUUUGUAAAGACAACCUCGUAGAUGAUGAUUUCUUCCGAAGGCUGCAGUUGGUGGUGAAAAUUUACGACCAGCAUGGAUGGGUUUAAUCUAGUCAUUGUUGGUGCUAUUCUGGAUAGACAAACUAUAAAAUACAUACCAAAUGGAUGUGUACCAAAGAAAAUAUGUGGUGGUAGGGCAAUGUGAAAUGAAAUAAAAAUUGCAAUGUGAUGACAAUAUUGUUUACGAUGCAAA